AUGGCGGCUUCCGUGGCAGACGGAGAGCGGCGCUGCCAAGCGGACGCUUCUGAACAAACACGCGUGAAUGUGGACGAUUUCCGCCAGCACUGCGAGAGUGAGAAGCGGUGGUGGGCUCGGAGGCAGUUCAUCCUAAAGCAUGUUGCGGAAUUCGGAGCGGAAAACAGGGUGGAUCAGCUGCUGUCGCUGUCCAUGGUGUGGGCUAACCACGUCUUCAUGGGGUGCAGGUAUGGUCCAGAGCUGACACGGAAGGUUCUGGAAAUGGCUGAAGGCAUCGAUGUUGGCGAGAUGCCCUCCUUCCAGCUGGUCCCGGGUGCUGAAGCCAAGAAGAGGCCGAGUUCGGCCCAUGGCAGCGAGGAGCCGCUGAGGAAGCUGGCUCGGCGGCCGCACUUCGAACCCGUGCGCUUUGUGAGCGGCAGCGGAGUGGGUGAGCAGAACAGCCGGAGAGAGCUGCGUCUCGGCCCCCCGGGCUCCCCGCCCGGUGCAGCACAGAGACACACGCCCCCCAGUGGGCGGGAUCCGGGGCAGCAGGAGUGUGGGCUGGGCAGGCCUGCAGAGGGGGGCCGAGGGGGGCUGGGAUGUGGGCUGCAGGAUGCACUUGCAGUGGGCGGAGCCCCCGUCCGACCCCCCCACCCUGCUGCACUGGAGGAGAAGCAGCGGCUCAUUUCUCAGGUGUCUGCCGCAGUGGGCGCCGCCCUCAGAGACCCCGCCUACUCCACCGGCACAGACACGCCCAACUACAACAUGAUUCUCACCCGGAGCAUCCAGGCCUGCAAGACCAACCCGGAGUACGCGUACGUCCGGCUGCAGGAGAUCCCGGCCGGCGACCGGCCCCGGCGCAGAAAGCUGCCGGCGGAGGGCUUCGCCUGCGAGCUGCGCUGUCGCGGUGUGUACCUGGCCACCGGCUACGCGGGCAGCAGGAGCGGCGCUCGGGGCCGAGCCGCGGAGCUCGCCGUCAAACUGCUGCUGCAGCCGGUGGAGGUGAGAGCCGCGCAGCGCAGGCACAAGCUGUCCACCUGCAGUGACCUGGUGGUGUGUCAGACGCACCUGCCCACCCCUGCUCUGGUGCCGGCACUCCGCAGCCCCGAGGAUACGCCCCUCCCCGGCGGCAGGGCCCCGCCCCUCCCCGGCAACCAGGCCCCACCCCUCCCCAGCGGCCAGGCCCUGCCCGGACCCAGGCUGGGCAGGCGCUGGAGCGAUUUCGUCAUCGUGGAGAACGAUCGUGACGCCGUCUGCAUCCUCAACAGCUCGGCCGCCUCCAACCACAUGCAGAUCCAGUACAAGUUUGAGCCGGAGCCCGGCGGCCGCGCCUGGCGCUGCGGUGUGCACCUGCAGGGCGAGCUGCUCGCCCGGGCCAGCGGCACCAAGAAAGCCGCCAAACACGCUGCCGCCGAGGAGGCCCUGAAGAGGCUCCGCCUCCAGCAGGCCAGGCAGCAGCCACCCUCCCCCGUACCCCCCCGCACCGACCCCCCGGACAGCAGCGGGAAGAAGCCCCCGACCGAGCUGGUGAUCCUGGAGAACUCUGACAACGCCGUCUGCAUCAUCAACGACACCGCACAGUUCAACAGGGUGACGGCCGACUACAGGUUGGUGGCGCUGCCGGACCAGCGCUGGAGGUGCGAGGUGUUCCUGGAGGGCCGGUUUGUGGCGGCCGCCGUGGGGCCCAAGAAGGCGGUGAAGCAGCUGGCGGCCGAGGAGGCGCUGGCCCGGCUGAGGCUGACGCAGGCCGUGGUGAAGUCCAGCCUGCGGAGGGACGGGGAUCAGGACGCCGUGUCGCGCGGACAGAUCCGGAGCCGCCGGGGGGAGGCGGAGCAGGAGAUCAGGGAGGACAACAUCGGCAGGCAGCUGCUGCGGAAGAUGGGCUGGAGGGGGGGCGGGCUGGGUCGCGAGGGGGGGGGCAUCGCCGAGCCAAUCAGAGUGAAGGAGCAGCUGAGCAGGGAGGGACUGGGGCGGGACGCAGACAGGCCGGGACAGCAGCUCAGCAAGCGGGACAUCGAGGAGACGAUCCGCAGCUACGCCAGCUCCCAGCGGCAGGACGACCUGCGCUUCUCCUGUGAGCUCAGCAACGAGGAGCGCAAGCACAUCCACCAGGUGGCGCUGAGGUACGGGCUGCGCAGCAAGUCCUACGGCCAGGGAGCACAGCGCUUCCUCGUCGUCAGCCGCAAGAUGCAGAAGGAGCAGCUGAUCAGCCAGCUGCUGCAGGAGGGGCAGGUGGGACGCUACGAGCUGGUGAAGCCUCAGCCACACUGACCCGAACCCUCACGCUAACCAAAUGCUAGCAGGACAUUAGCUAGCUGGUGGAACAUUAAGAAAAUGCUAGUGGAACAUUAGCUAAAGGCUAGUGGAACAUUAGCAAAAUGCUGGUGAGACAUUAGCGAAAUGCUAGCGGGACAUUAGUGAAAUGCUGGUGGGAUGCUCACCCAACCCUUAAGGAUGCCUUGGCCAGAGUGCACUUUCUGUGUGGCAGGAAGCCACAAAAGACUCAUGUCUGUCUGUU